UCUAUCACUAGACAAAGCCAUCAUUUCUCAUAAGUCAAAAAAAUACAUAUAACAACUCUUUUGUGUCUAUCAAAAACUACUUUAAACUAAUCAAAGUGAUCAAAAAUUCCAAUAUGGAAAAUGAACCAAAUGCACCACUUUUAGUUUCCAAACCUGUAACAAAUAACAACUCUCAUUUUCGUUCCGGUAUCGAAGAUAUUCCUCAAAUCACCGGAGCGAAAGAGUUUUUCGUUCAGUUCGGUAUCGAGUCUAAAAAGCUAUGGUACCUCGCUGGCCCGGCUAUAUUUACGUCUGUGUGUCGGUACUCCCUUGGUGCCGUGACUCAAACGUUUGCAGGUCAUGUUGGCACUCUUGAUCUUGCUGCUUUCGCUGUUGAAAACUCUGUUAUUGCUGGUUUCUCGUUAGGGAUCAUGCUUGGAAUGGGGAGUGCCUUGGAGACAUUAUGUGGGCAAGCAUAUGGAGCAGGGCAAAUAGAUAUGUUAGGAGUAUACAUGCAAAGAUCAUGGGUUAUACUAUUGGUAACCGGUCUACUUAUGAUGAAUCUUUACAUUUUCGCGACUCCAUUACUCUUGUUAAUUGGUCAAACGGAAGAUAUAGCACACGCUGCAGGGAAAUUGGCAUUAUGGAUGAUACCACAACUUUUUGCUUACGCGUUAAAUUAUCCUAUAGCUAAGUUUCUACAAGCGCAAAGUAAGAUAAUGGUGAUGGCUUUUAUAGCCGGGGCGGCAUUGGUGUUACAUACAUUUUUUAGUUGGUUGUUUAUGUUGAAGUUGGGUUGGGGGUUAGCCGGGGGUGCGGUGGUGCUAAAUUUUUCGUGGUGGUUCAUUGUGGUGGGUCAGUUGAUGUACAUUUUUAGUGGGACUUGUGGGCGAGCAUGGUCCGGGUUUAGUUGGGGUGCAUUUAGUAAUCUGUGGAGCUUCGUCAAGCUAUCUUUUGCUUCGGCUAUAAUGCUUUGCUUGGAAACAUGGUAUUUUAUGGCAUUGGUACUUUUUGCUGGAUAUCUGAAAAAUGCAGAAGUUGCAGUUGAUGCCCUUUCCAUAUGCACUAACAUUGUUGGUUGGGCAGUUAUGAUAGCAAUUGGGUUCAACAUAGCCAUCAGUGUAAGGGUGUCGAAUGAAUUAGGAGCCGGUCACCCAAGGGCUGCAAAAUUUGCAAUCGGUGUGGUGGUAGUUUCAUCAUUUGCAUUCGGUACCUGCCUUGCCAUUCUACUAGUCAUUUUCCGGCAUCAAUAUCCAGCCAUCUUUGCAAAUAGUUUAGAUGUUCAAGAAGCAGUUUAUGCUCUAACUCCAUUGCUAGCAACUUGCCUUAUUAUAAAUAAUAUCCAACCUGCACUCACUGGGGUGGCAAUCGGAGCAGGAUGGCAAGCGUCGAUUGCUAAGAUAAAUAUUGCCUGCUACUACAUCUUUGGUGUACCUUUGGGACUCACUCUUGGAUUCGUAGCAGAUUGGGGCAUCAAGGGUAUAUGGGUCGGCAUGUUGACCGGAACCGUGGUACAAACCAUGAUCUUGUUUUUCAUUUGUUACACAACCAACUGGGACAAAGAGGCCUCCUUAGCUGACAAGAGAAUUAAAGAAUGGUCGGGUCAAAAGAAUGUGGUUGAAGUUCAAUAAAUUAGAUGGGGUAAAAUAGGGAAGUAUUUGUUAAGUGAUUUGUGUAUGAUUCUGCUUUUGGGUGAAUGUAACAUUUGCAAGCAGUUCAUAAUUAGUUUAUAUAUCAUUUGAGUUAAGAGAUGAUUUUCGAGUUUCUGUGCAUUGUUAUAUUAUGUUUGAUCCGAUCAAAUGGAAACGGGAGAAAGGGAAUGGGAAAGACUUUCCUUGUUUGGUUGUACCAAAGAAUGAAAUCGAGAAUUGAGAAGUAAAAAUAAUUUCUAUUCUCUC